GGAAGCAUAGAAGUUGUGCCACUAAGAAGUCGCAGAUCUAGCACUGCUUCGUCCUCUGAAGAUAAACACCCCCAGAUCCCUGAAGAGCCAGCAUGUCCAAAGAAGAGCGCCCUCAAAAAUGCCCCAGUGGGUCUGGCUUCACCACGCACAAAGAGCGACAGGACAUCACUGUUGAAAAGUGACCCCAUGGGUAAAUGCUCCCCCAGGAAUAGCUCGCCUGCCAGAGCAACUCGUUCAAGCUCAGGAUACACCGAAGCACCUACCAACCUUCCUGCCAAAAGUGGCACACCCGUUCGUACAUCAUCAAGACUUGCCUCCAGAAAGGAAUCCCAUACAGAUUCAUCGUGUGAGAAUGGCUCAUCAAGCGAAACCUCGUCCAAAGGAGGUAAUACAGGUAGAUCCUCUCUCAAGAAAAUGUCAUCUGAUGUACCCUCCACCAGUAGUGACAUGGCAGCAGGACAGUUGAAUGUCUCUGCUAAAGUGGACAGUGAAUUGCUUACUGCCUCAGUCACAGAAAUUAAAUCUCCUACAAGAUCCUCAACCUUUAAGUCAUCCCAAGACAAGAAAGUGGCCAGCUCAUCUUCAGGGAAUGAAUCGCCAGCACGGUCACUUUCACCAUCAGUAAGCAAAACCCCGGUUAGGUCAGCCUCUUUGCCCUUAGUGACUAAAACGCCUACAAGGUCAUCUCCAUUGAAUUCUGCGAACAAAGCCCUUUCAUCACCUACGAACAAAAGAUCAUUGAGAUCUCCUUCUGUUAACAAAACACCUGUUAGAUCACCUAUGACUAAUACACCAGCAAGAUCACCUGGGAGACCACCAUCUGUUAAUAAAUCUCUCAUGCGAUCACCAGCAGCCAAUACAAUCUCUGUGAAAUCACCCUCUAGUAUUAAAUCGCCUCUCACAUCACCUACUGUAAGCAAAACUCAAGUGACAUUAGCCUCUGCCAGUGAAACCUCCAUGACCUCACCCAUCAGAGUGUCUCGAAGAUCACUCAGUUCUGACAGAUCACCUCUCGCCUCACCUUCAGUCAGCAGAACACAUACAAGGUCAUCCUCCAUCAGCAAAUCCCCUGGACGACCGCCUGCAGAAAAGGGUCUUCCUAAGCAUUCCCCAAAGAAGAGCUCAUCCCCAUUUAGAGCAGCAGACUCAAACAGUAAAGGAUCUGCUAAAGAAGAUAGAUGCUGAACCUGUAAUGACAACCCGCAGUCUGAGGCACCGGCGAGUGACUUACUCAUUAUCAUGAGUGACUGCCAUGUAGCCUUUGCUGUUCACUGAAGGCUCUAUUCCACCGUGGCUGUCUGGAUUGUGGAUUGGACGAGUAGUUGCUCAGCUGGUGGCAGAAGAAGUAGCUGUGGGAUGGCAGACCAAGGUGGCAGCCAUGGAUAGUCGUGGUGGAAGACCCAUGUUGUGGAAACUAACUGUAUUGCUAACCUUAGCCUUGAAUACUUAAUGUCUCUUUUGGCACACAACUUUCCCAUUUGAGUUUGGGUUGUUUGGUGUGUCUACUGUCAGGAUGUGAUAUUAUCCAACCACUGAUAUCUGCUAUGUUAAGGACUUGUCAAUCAUAUUAUUUAGGAUUGUAACAUCUCUUUUAAAACCUGGUUUAAGAGUUUGAAGUUUGACUCAAAAGAAGAUAGGUUUUGUUUUGUUUUUGUUUUAUUUGUUUUGUAUGUUGUGUCAAUAGUAAAGUUUAUAUGAAUUAUUUUUGUAGAAUUUAGUUCUUUGAUGAUGUUAUGGAUUUAAGUUGUGUAAGUCAUAAUGCACUGACUGCACAGAAAAUGCUUUUCUUAAACAUUGUUUUAGAUUUUGUUCUUGUUAAGUUCUCUUUGUAGUAUUUUUCAAUUAGUACAUUUUGAAAGUCCAAGUAGAUGUAGCUUAUUUUGUUUAGACCAAUCAAAAUACUUUGUAUUUUAUGGUGCAAGGAGGGCUAUUAACAUAAUGAAUCUUUUUGUAAUAGUAUAUUACAUAUAGUUAAAUGAACAACACUGGUGUACAGGUAUUACCAUUAUCAUGAGUUAGUUGUAGAUGAUACCGUACAUCCAUUUACUUAAACUAAUUUUGGAUGUUUGUAUAAAUAUAUAUGAUACUUAAAGGUUGCAAUGUGCAAAAUGAUGUUGAAUAUAAUGUGAUAUAUAUUUGCUUUCCUUACACUUAGAAUUGCAUUUUUAUGUACCAUAUAUGUUUUGGAUUAGGGAAUUAAUCUUCAAGAAAGAAAACAUUACUUUUUAUAAUAUUUACUGCCUUAGAAAAUGUAGCGAUGUAAAACAAGAUUAGCUGCAAGCGAUUGUGGAUAUUGUAUUGGAAAUACACACAAUUUUACAUUCCUUUAUAAAGUCUCAGUAAUGCUUGGUAUCACUUUUGUUUUGAGAAAGCAGCCGUAGUGGAGUAUUUACUCUUGUGAUAAAUAUUGUUGCCUCCCUGUAAAGUGAUCUUUGUGCCAGCUGUUCUGGUGGAAAAGCUGUGCUUAAAAACAAUCAGUAUUGUAUAAGAGUGAACAGGACCCUAAUUCUAUAGAGCAAACUCCCUUGCACCUAAGUGUCUGUGUUAUGUGCUUGGAAUAAAGUAAUGUUUUAGGUCAUUAAUGAGUUUUCAGUGUAGCAGAAAAGCUUUUUGUGGACAGUAAAAAUGGAAUUAUUUGCAUGUUACCUAUAGAUAGAGAAUUAUGUAAUAACCAAUUCUUUCAUGUUGGAAAUAAAAGGGCGUUUUUAUGAUAAUUAAAUGGUUAUUAAGCUGGAAGGGUUUGCUAUCAUCACAGGCCACUGUAUGCCAACUGGAAAAUUUUGUUUACAUAAGAUUCUGUAGAUUUCAUCCAUUGCAAAUGUUUAUAAUUUUUACAACUGACCUUUUUUCUGGGUAGCAUAAUGAAAAGUAUUUUUUUUUUUUUUUAAGUGCCAAAACUCCCAUUGUAUAUGAAGUGCCACAAAGUCAUCAGAAAAAAAAAUUGGUUAAUAAUAAGCAGUUUGCAUUGUUUUUUGCACCACUUAAUUCUUAAAAAUAAUUGCAUUUUCCCUGUGUUCAUUUUGAUGUUAAAAGAAUUGUUACUCUUCCAUCUUUUGUUUGUAAUUGUCCUAUGGCAGUUUUUGUGAAUUUUUGAUUUUGUAUUCUGUUCACCAUUGAUUAUUAUCAUUAAAUAAUUGUCAGAGCAGUGUGACUUCAAAUAUGAUUAAUUUAUAAGAGCGAAAAUACAAGCACAGUAAUGUGUGUACAAAGUAAGAUGGCCACAGGAAAAAAAAAAUAUAUACUCUUUUUUUUUUGUGUGUGGACGGGUUUCAUUUCAUGAUUUUGUAUGAAUAUUAUCAGUUUAUUUGAUAUUUUAAUGUUAAAAAAAACAUAUGCAUUCUACCACUGAACAUUAAAUUGAGUCCAGUUCUGCUCUUUUGCAAUACGUGCAUCCAUAUGCACGAGGACUGUGAAAGAAGUUUAUUUUAGCUUCAGUCAUAUCGAUCAGAUUCAUGAAAAUAACCUCACCUUAUAUUCAGCUCUGAAGUAUGUUAGUAGUACAUUAAUUUUUUUAAAUGGUUAUAUAUAUUUAAAAAAAAAAAAAAGUCUUCCAUUAUUCUUGAAGGGAAUACAGUUUUUCUCUUGAAAGACACUGUGAUUACAAGAUGGUUGCAGAGGUUGUAAUACAGUUCUUGUAAAACAUACAUAUUAGUUUUGUAUUGUUAUCCUGAACUGGGUGUAUUUUAUUUCUACUGUAUUUAUAUUAUUAUUGUUGAGUGAGAUUUAAUGGUGAUGAUAUUCGGAAGGUGUAUUACUAAGAGCAAUUUCCUUCUUUAUACAGAACAAUAUUGUAACUAGACCAUAACACAUAAAGAUUGGUUUUGCUAUAAAGAUUAAAUAAAUGAAAAACCAAAACUUCAUUGUGUUGUGUUGCAUAUAUUGCCAUUGUAACAAGUGUUUUUAUAAUUUAACUGCAAGCUUAGAUUAACUGUUUUUAUUUUGCAGUACAUUACACAUAAGGGUGAUUAGUUCCAUCCUGCCUUUAUUUUUCUAUUUCUUAAUUCUUAGAUUUUUGUUCCUUUGAUUUCAAAACUAUGCCUGUGAAUUGUGCAGUAACAGCCUGCAGUGUGACUAAUCUAUAUUUUGUGAGAAUUAAACUUCAAGAGAACAUUAUUUCUCUCCUUUUUUUUUUUUCUUUUUUUUUUUUGACAUACAGCAAGUAUGGAAGAAAACACAUGGAAAAAUAGAGUUUAGGUUGACAGGAAGAGUUUAAUUUGUCUAAGCUGCUUACAGGUGUGAAAUUCGUACUUAGAUAAAAUUAAAGAUUUUUCUCAAGAGGUUC